UUUAGUCUAUGGAUUUUGGUUGGAAAAUGGAAGUUAGCCAUUUGUGCGAUAACCAAACAAUUAAAUAAUUUCUAUUUGUGCGUGAUUAUUUAGUUAAAACGAAGUAAUGCGAUCACAUUGUAUUGUUAUACGUAAUGGAUGAUAAUAUGAAAUAAAAUGAUGGAGGGAGAAGAAUUCAACCUCCAUUGGGAGGAGGUCGAAGUUAAGCAUGGCAUUGUUGAAGUCGAAGAAGAAGUGAUAUGCGGCCUCACAAGCCAUGACACAUCAUAUUCAAAUGCGGGUCCAGGAGACAUAAUAGAAGAAAAUGAUCAGAUGGCUGCAGAGAACUUGAUGUAUUUAUCUCAAGAUGUAGUGAACUACACAGAGACAGCGGAACUGGCUGACGAUCCAAAUGUAGAGUGUGUAACGGAAGAAGUCAUCACUGAUGACUGGGUCAUACCUGGUGGGCAAGAGAGAGUGGAAGUUCCUUUGGAUCAUUUAACUAAUCCAGUUUCAGACGCCAAAGAAGAAAAUGAUGUUGAUGUUCCACUCCCUACUGACCAGGACGAGUACACAGCGAUGCGUCCGUGGCCGUGCGACUUCUGCUCGCGGCGGUUCCGCAAGAAGGCGGCGCUGAUGAACCACAUGGUGGCCCACCAGAACGACAGGCCGCACGCGUGCAACCUGUGCGGCGUGCGAUACGUUCGCAAGUGCGACCUCAUCAACCACUUGAAAGUGCACGCGUUUGUGCCGGACAACCAGGAUGUCAUGGACUAUGAUGACAUUAUAGAUACUCAAGUUACUACUAAACCAAAGAAGAAAAAAGGACGACGGAAAAAGAAUCCAGAACCAGUAGAGAACGGCCUGUGGGAGAACAUGACAUCGGCUAGGACGCAGCAGUGGUCACGGCGCGCGCGCACGCCGCCCAAGCCGCCGCCGACGCCGCCGUCGCCGCCGUCGCCGCCCUCGCCGCCGCCGCCGCCCGCCGACCCCGCGCGACCUUUCGUCUGCCGACAGUGCGGCAUCGGAUUCGCUAGGGAGAAGGCUCUGCAGUCGCAUGCGAGGGUGCACGGAGGCGACUCGCCGGUGGAGUGUGGCGAGUGCGGCGAGCUGUGCUGGUCGCGCGAGGCGCUGUCCACGCACGCGGCCGCGCGACACCCGCACCUGCCGCCGCGGCCCAGCCACGCCGCGCCCUACCAGGUGGACGACGAGGAUGACGACAUGGACUUCAAGCUGUCGCCGGCGGCGCACAGCGGCAGCGCCGAGCGCGUGUACGAGGCGGUGCGCGGGCCCGAGCUGUUCUGCCAGGACUGCGGCGUGGCCUUCCAGCGCGCCGACCUGCUGCGCCGCCACGUGGCCGCCGCGCACAGCUACAAACGCCACGAUAGCACGAGUAGCGCGUGGGGCGAGCACACGUGCGACGUGUGCGGCGAGAGUUGCACGGACGCGCUGCAGCUGCUAGCACACGCGGAGGGCCACGCCGAGCGCCACCACACCACUCCCAGAUUAAAAAAACAGUCUCGAGGUCGAAAUAACGUGUCUUCAAGUAGUUCAAGACAAUUCCCAUGUAGAGAAUGUGGUAAAGUGUUCGGGUCGCGGAGCUCGCAGCAAAUUCACAUCCGAAUUCACACGGGCGAGCGGCCGUACGCGUGCCGCUUCUGCUGGAAGGCCUUCGCUGACGGCGGCACGCUGCGGAAGCACGAGCGUAUACACACGGGCGAGAAGCCGUACGCGUGCGCCGUGUGCCCGCGCGCGUUCAACCAGCGCGUAGUGUUGCGCGAACACGUGCGCUCGCACCAUUCCGCGCCCGACCGCCGCUCUAACGGUGCCCCUUCAUAUUGCUGCGUGGUGUGCGGGCGGAACCUACAUUCCAGUGCGGACUUGGUGCAGCACCUCAUACAACACUGCGACGCCAACACGGCGCUCAAGCGGCAACCACAGACUGGCCCACGGAAGUAUAAGCGGAGACGGAAAAUUAAGACCGAAGAGUCCACGCCACCUCGCGAAUGGGAGCGCGGCUCCGAGUCCCCGGCGCGCUCGUCGCCCUCGCCGCGCGCCUCGCCCGCGCCCUCGCCCUCGCCGCCGCCCUCGCCGCCCCGCCGCCGCAAGCGCCGCGCGCCGCCGCCGCGGCCCAAGAUGAUCCACACCGAGGACCCCCGGCCCCGGACCAAGCAGGUCCGCCAGCGCCGGCCGCCGCGGCACCCGGCCGACGACUUGCGCGCCAUCCGCCCGCGCUCGCCUGUGCCCUCGCCGGUACCUUCGCCUGUGCCCUCGCCCGCGCCGUCGCCCUCGCCGCCGCCCUCGUCGCCGCCCGCGCCCGCCGCUGCCGGGCCCUUCAAGUGCGAGAUGUGCUCGCUGGAAUUCCCGCGCCGCGACGACCUGUUACUUCACGUGCCGGUGCACAUAUGACGCAGGAAAGCGCGCGCGCGCAGGCGACGCCGCUGAGCGCAGGUAAUAGAGUAGGUACUUACUUCACACCGCUGCAGCGGUAAUACUUUUUAUGAGCUGCCGAUUAGCAAUCUGCCAUUUAUUUUCGUCACUGUUUCAAAAUCUCGAUUGACUAUUCAUCAAUUUUGCAGCAACUGAAAAUCUAAAUUUUGUUUUUAGGGCUUGAGUAGAAUAAUAUACUCUUUUCGAGAAGUUGAGACUUGGAAUUAUGUUGGUUUAAUCUACAACUACAACCGUGAUGUAAACGUAGUAUUCGCUUUUUGUAGGUGCCGCAAACUAAUGCCAAUAAUUUUUUUGACUGCAUCACGGAGGAUCGUUGUGUCACCGAGUAGCGGAGCGGGCGCUCUGUUGGACUAUAUUGUGAACUAACUUCCUGAACCGUUGCUCUUACAUUUAACCUUUAACCAGUGACAUGACUAUUUUAUAACACUAUAAGGGACAUGACGUCUCACAGGCUACUACUUCGAAAUCAAAAAAUUGACAAAAUUGCAUGUGGAUUACUUUAAAAUUGUAUUUGUAUUUAACUAUUGGUAUGUCAAUAAAACAAAUGUAAAUGAAUUCAAUCAUUUUUUUUAUAAUUACAUAGAAAAAAAACUAUAAUUACCAAUUAGUGGUAAUUUUCAGCCUCAAUUGAUAUGAGGUCCUUUUUUAGCAUUUUAAUAGACUUUAUAUAAAUUCUAUGUCAAAUUUAAUACUUUUUACUAAAAAUCUAAUAAUACAGAAACCGAAAAAACAUAAAAGCCACUUCUGAAAACUAAAAAUAAAAAUUCUGACACCCGCUCAAUUUGGCAUAAAAUCAAUGGCAAUUUUUGCAGAAAAGGCGAGAACAUUGCAAAUAUAUGGGAUUGCAACACCCCAACACAAGUGUACUGUGGCGGCGUAGCAUGGCUUGGCACCCGGGGCGACCCCUUCCCCCCCUCCUCACCCCUCAUAAGACCAUAAGUUGGAUGUUCAUAUUGCGGGGGGCUAAGGCACCCCAGAAUGGUCUGGUGUCCCCCAGAAUUUUCGGGUUACCGAUUUGAAGCCGAAAGAUUUUAG